AUGAAUCGUUUACUGCUUUUGGCGUCCAUCGUCGCCGUGGUAGCGGCGCACGGUGCCCAUGACCACGACCACAGCCAUGACCAUGGCCACGACCACGGCCACGACCAUAGCCACGACACCUAUACCGAGCCGGUCAAGCCGGAAGACGUGCGUGCCAUCGUGAAACUGGAGGAACCAGGCGGCGGGAAGGUGCACGGCAAUGUGACCUUCGUCAGGCAGCCCGAUGGCAAGGUCCGGGUGAGCGGCGUAAUCGUCGGCAUGCCCCCGGGCCACUACGGCUUCCACAUAUACGAGAAGGGCGACAUCACCGGCGGCUGCGGCAACAACGGAGGCCACUUCAACCCCCACAAUAAAGAGCACGGGCAUCCGGAAGAGGAGAACCGCCACGCCGGCGACCUUGGCAACGUGCAGUUCGACGAGAACGGCGUGAGCAACGUGGACUUCACGGACGGCGUGAUCCAGCUGUGGGGCCCUCACUCGAUCGUGGGCAGGGCGAUAGUGCUCCACUCGAUGGCGGACGACUACGGGAAGGGAGGGCACCCGGACUCCAAGAAGACGGGCAACGCCGGCAGCCACGUGGCAUGCGGCGUCAUCGGCUACUGG